AGCCCCCUGUUGGUCCAGCAGCUCACAGACGCACUUCCACUAGAUCAACCCCCGGGGGAAAGAGAGAGAGAGAGAGAGGGAGGGAGAGCGAGAGGGAGAGGGAGAGAGAAGCACAGAAGGCGGGGAGAGAGUGAGAUAGAGAGAGAGAGAGACAGCAGAACUAGAGGAGAGCAACAGAAGAGAGAGCGGAGAGUCAAUUACACGCACCGGCUUCAGCAGACAAGUCUUCUUGUUUGGUUGGUGCUGUUGUUUUCCCCCCUCUGCUUCUUGCGGUGGUCCACUCCGGUGCUGCCGCUGGUCCUGUUGAUGAGGAGGCUCGGGGUCAGACCCCUCUCUCGACUCUGCUGCUCUGGGCUCCACGAGCGAGGCAGCGGCGGCGGAGUUCACCGACGCCGCUCGUCCAAUUAGCCGUCCCCGUUCGGCAGCGGCUGGAACCGUACGCUCCUCCAGACGCCCACUAUGACUCUUCUGGGCUCGGAGCACUCCGUCCUCAUACGCACCAAGUUCAGAUCAGUGCUUCAGUUAAGACUUCAGCAGCGGCGGGCACGAGAGCAACUGGCAGGCCAGGGCACCAUGCCUCUGAACCAUGGAAAGUUCCCCAAGCAGGAGGACUCGUACGCCUUCGAGGAGGACAGCAGCAGCGACGGGCUCUCCCCAGAGCAGCACCACGCCGACGAGUCCCCGGGCUCGGCCGGACCUUCCUCCCUGGAGCCCGUCGGCAGCACCCCGUCCUCCUCCUCCUCCCCCAGCCUGACCAGCCCCCGGCAGGGCGGAGUCACCCGGGACUCAUCUGACCCAGGUCAGGAAGAAGGACUAUCCGACGCCAACAGCAGCCAGCCCUCCAUGCCCAUAUCUGUCCCAGCCAUCGUCAAGUCCAAGACGUCGGACAAGAACCGCCACAAGAAGCCCAAGGACGUGAAGCCCAAGGUGAAGAAGCUCAAGUACCACCAGUACAUCCCCCCCGACCAGAAGGCGGAGAAGUCCCCCCCGCCCAUGGACUCGGCCUACGCCCGCCUGCUGCAGCAGCAGCAGCUCUUCCUGCAGCUGCAGAUCCUCAGCCAGCAGAAGCACGCCCAGUCGCAGGCGCACAACGGGCACGCCCAGCACGCCGUGCACGCCCACCAGAACCAGGCCCAGAUCCCCCAGCGCCAGCCCACCUUCAGCUACCAGCCCAUGGCCACGUCGGCGCCCAACCACAAAGGCGACCACCUCACACCGUGCAGCUCCAGCGGGCCCCCCAGCGCAGCCAACAGCACCUCCUCCUCCCCGGUCAAGACCUCGUACCCCAACCAGAGCAGCCUGUCCCCAGUCAAACCCGGACCCCUGCCAGCCAAUCUGGAUGACCUCAAGGUGUCUGAGCUCCGGCAGCAGCUCCGUGUCCGGGGGAUGCCCGUGUCAGGCACCAAGACGGCCCUCAUCGAGCGGCUCCGGCCCUACAGGGACCAGGGCGUCUGCGACCCCCACCUCCACCAACACCACCACCACCACCACCUCCACCCCGCCUCGGCCGCCAUGACCUUCCCCGUGACCCCCGCGGGCUCCCUGUCCCAGUCCUCCUACCAGUCGCCCUCGUCCUCCAGCGGAGCCCCGUCCCAGGGCGGGUACUUCCCGUACCCCAGCACCUCCUCCACGCCCCCCAUCUCGCCCGCCUCCUCCUCCUCGGAGCUGUCCCUCAGCGGCUCGCUGCCCGACAGCUUCAGCGACGUGCCCAUGUGCUCCCCUGGCCACCGCUUCACCCUGCUGGGGGCGUCCCCGGGCCGGGCCCCCGGGGUCGAGGAGGGGCCCGGGGGAGGAGCCAGAGGAGGAGGAGGAGGAGGAGAGGGCGAGGGGACGGUGGAGGCGGAGAAGGACAAGAUGCUGGUGGAGAAGCAGAAGGUGAUCGAGGAGCUGACCUGGAAGCUGCACCAGGAGCAGAGACAGGUGGAAGAGCUGAAGCUGCAGCUGCACCAGAGGAAGCGUUGCUACGGGUCGACGCAGGACAACGCCCCCUCCCCCACGGCCCCCCACCCCCUGUCCAUGCACCACCCCCACCAGCACCACCAGCACCACCCCCCAGCCCUGGGGGGCCAGCAGUUCUUCGGGGUGACCAUCAAACAGGAGCCCAUGUCCAUGUCGUCCAGCUGCCCUCUCUCCUCGCACAAACCCCUGGAGGAGCUGAGCCACUGCGGGGCCUCGCACCCCAACGCCAUGCCCGUCCCCGCGGGGCCCCGGUGCACGGACCCCGGCUCGGCCCCCGCUACCGGCAGCCCCCAGGCCCCGAUGUCGGCCUUCCCCAGCCCCCAGCGCUCGCCCCAAAGCCCCCCCAGCGGGAGAGCGCCGGGCAGCCCCCGGUCCUGCUCCCCCAACCAGCCCUACCUGCUGUCCCCUCCGCCACACCUCCGCGACGGCUGCGGCCCGCCCCUCCCCCAGGGCAGGGGGCGCCACGCACAGAUGCAGCAGAAGAGCGGAGGCCAGCCGCUGAGCUCCCCGUACCCCUCUGAUCAGAGAGGACCGCACGGCGCUUUUUCCCCCGGCGGUGGCGGCGGCGGCGACUGUGGCCACGCCCACCGCGGCCACGCUAAAGCCCCCCCGCUCAGCAACCCGCCAAAGAUGUCAGUUUUGCCCUCUCCUCGGCAAGUGAGCCAAACCACAGCCUUCAGUAGCUCAGAAUCAGCUGUAUGUGACUUAAGACACCCCCCAUGCUAUGAGGAUGCAGUCAAGCAGCAACUCUCCAGAAGCCAGCAGAUGGACGAGCUGCUGGACGUGCUGAUCGCGAGCGGAGGCAGCACGGCCCUGGCCCUCCCCCGGUUCCACCGGCACUACGAGCACCCGGGCCCCUACGGCCACAUGGCCGGCCACAUGGCCGACGGCCACCUGGAGACCCUGCUGGGGGGCCAGGGAGCCCUGCUCAAGCUGCCCGGGGAGGAAGGGCCGCAGGACGAGGGCGGCGUGAACGGCGACGGCUACGGCGGCCCCCACGACAACACAAACCACCACCACAACCACCACCACCACCACCACAACCACCACCACCACCACCACAACCCGCAGCACCACCACCCCCACCAGGACAAACUGCUGGCCAACCGGGAGCUCAUGGACACCCCCGCCCCGCUGUCCCCCGUCAACACCAAGCUGUCCCCCGACGGCCACGGCCUGCCGGGCAUGAGCUUCAGCGAGUCCCCCUGGGAGACCAUGGAGUGGCUGGAUCUGACCCCGCCCAGCUCCGCCACCGCCUUCAGCGUGGCCCCUCCCAGCGGGCCUAGCAUCUUCAACACCGAGUUCCUGGACAUCGCAGACAUCAACUUGAACUCGGCCAUGGACCUUCAGUUGGACCACUGGUGAUGGCCGCCAGAGCUACGGGACGCCAAGCUAGCCCCAUCUGGGGAUAGCGAUGAGGGCAUCAAGCGCUAAGGAACAACCAAGCUAGCCCCAUCUGGGGAUAGCAAUAAGAGCAUCAAGCGCUAAAGAACCUAAGGCUAACACCGAUGGUCAUAGCAAUAAGACCAUCCGGAGCGAAGGAACCCCAAGCUAACCCCGUUGGUGAUAGGAUUCAGGGCAACAGGUGCCAAUAAACACCACUUAAGUGUUAAACUGUAGAUAUUCCAUCUACCUGCAAGGCAAACCAACAGUACCAGCUAGAGAAACUGCCAACUUAUACGACAUCCCAGCAAUUUGUUAUUUUUAAAAGGAGAUAAUUUGCCAGCAAACUGAAAACCCGGAAUGUUGAAAGUUCUCAAUCAAGUGCCAAUUCCCGGAUAUUGAUUAUUUUCACAUUGAAGUUGAGAUAUCAUAUCUUCGUGGCUGAUAUAUCCAAGGAAAAGGUGAUUUUAAGGUUCGACGCCAUCUUGUCUUGUGGGACAAGGUUGCGUACCGUUACAAAGCAUCAGUAUGACCGUGUAGACACAUGAAGGAUUUUCUGUGAAGAAGAAUGUUAUUCCAGAGGCGUAUGCAAGACCAGUGUUAUUCCAUCUUGACUUGAAACUCCCAUCGACAAUCCAUCGUGCUUUUUAAGUCUGAGUGUAUGUUAAAUAUUACUGGAAAAAAAACGAACUAAAAGUGACGACAGCGAUCUGAUAAUCACCACACAAGGCUGACGAAUCAAUGUGUAACCAUGGGGACUAUUCAGACGUCGGGAGCGCCCAUGUUACCCGUGGUGUGGGAGAACACACUGUGAGGUUACCAUAGUGGCUAUCGGUACGUUUUGUAACCACUUUGUAUUUCAUGUAAAUAUGGAGGAAAAUGUCACUUUGCACCUGUAGCUUAGUACACACAUGUCACAAUUUGCUUGGAACGUAGAUAAUGUGUAGUAUUAUUGGUCCCGAUACAAUGGCUGUGCUGAGGCCUAUGACCCGGCUGAAGCAGUUAUGAUUUGCUAUUAGGUUGUUUACUCCAAAAUAUAACAAAAACCUGAUUGUCCUGUUGCCUCAGAUGAAGGAAAAAAAAAUGAACAACUUCAUCUCUACCAAUUGUUAAUAUACUCAAAUUGUCUUUAUUUUUUAUUGCAAAUUUCACCUUUUCUUUUAAACCAUCACCAUGUAUAUUUAUUUAAAUAUUCAUAUAUUUUCAUGUCCUUAUAAAUGACAUUCCUUCUUGAUAGAUUGGGAUUCUUGAUUUGUCAAAAAUCUUAAUUACUUCCCUAGUGUUAUGAAGUAUGAAGUGUGAUCCUAACACUGUUCAAACUAAAUCUUAAUUACUUCCCUAGUGUUAUGAAGUAUGAAGUGUGAUCCUAACACUGUUCAAACUAAAUUCAUUUCUUAAAUGUAGAAAGUACAAAUGUCCAUUUCAAGCACUUGUGAAUAGGAAAAUGUAAUAUAUUGAGUUAUUUACUGUGAAUACUGCACGACAGCUUUAAACUUGCACCCUAGCCAAUAGGCUGCCUUCAAGAGGUGAGGAACUGCACUCAUUGGUCAAAAUUCAGCCUUAUUCAGCCUUAGAAAAAUACCUUUGUGCUUUAUUGCAAACACCGGCGUGGCUUUAGUGCUGUAAGCACACCGCUCAUUGACUCAUUGAUAAACAAGAAUGUACAAUUGUUCUUUUUUUUUUACAUUUCUAACGACGUGCCUUAAAACUGUUACGAUGACCAACGCUAAACAAUGUUGACCAAACAGCCAGUCACUUGCAAAGUGAACCGCCGCCCUAGUUUAAGUGGCUUUCCGUCGGCUCAGUGACAAUCCAGCAACGUCCAUUCUGUUGUGUGUGCGUGUGUGUGUACUAACGUUGAAUCAUUUCACUCAACAAACACGUGUUGUUUUGACCAUCCUUCAGGCCUGGGCAUAUAUAGUGGACGUUCUUUUUUUGUGUGGUGGUAUUGGUUCGUAUUUUGGCACUCUUACCCCCGUAGCAGGAGAGAGAGAGCUUAAAUAAAUCACAUUGUGACAGAAGCUUCCUCGUUGCUUGCCACAUACUUUUGUUACUCCAGUAUUUUUCCACACCGCUGUAUACUCUAGACAAGAGAAAUAAACGUACCACUGCAAAAAAUCCUCCUCCUCGCACCUUUACCCACGAACCAUUUAUUCCUGUUCAAGUCAUUCCUCAGUAAGAACACUGCACUCUUCCAGUAGUUUUCAAUGUCAUCUUUAUUCUUUUUUUUUUUUUUUACCCUUGAUAAAAGAUACAAUAUAAUACUCAUCGCCCGUAUCUUAUAAUCUAAUAUGAACAUUCUAGUGACUUGCAAUUUAUACAUGUUCUCUUCUUUGACAUAUUUAUAGUCAUCAUUUGUAAAAGGUAGGCUUCCUGUGUCCACUCACUCUGAACGGGAGAGCCAAGCACACUCUGAGGAUUCUGGGUCAUCUCAGAUUGCAUUGUUUUGUAUCAGGGUGACAGAAGUUAAAAAAUAAAUUAACUACCACAAUUCUUCCAUGUUCUUUUAACAGAUGGAAUCAUUCUCCAGGCUACAAUAUAUCUCUGCAUAUUGCUAUAUUGUCCCAAAAAAUCACCAGAUAUUUCUUCAGUUUACAAGUGAAUACAAAUCCAGCCUGAAAUAUAUCCACUAAUGGUCACCAUUUUCCAACGUCAUAGACAACCACAACCCUUUCAUUCUGAGGAGUCACCAAACCCAUCUGAACCAGGACACAUCACACCAAGAGCUCAGCCAAUGACAGCCAGUGAUAGCAGUGACUUCAGCACCAACGCUGCGUUCCCUGUGUGUGUCGAUUUUUAGAAGUAAAGUGUUUGGUUACUCCGAAAAACAAAGUCCAUGGUGAUUUAAUUCUCAUAACCGUUACGUUGCAAUUUGGAAAACAUAAAAUAAUAUUCUGAGUGACUGGUGGGACUUAUUUCUGUGACAAUGGAAGGAAAGCAGGUGAAAAGAGGGUUGCUGGUUUAUUUAAGACUGUGUGCGUGUGUGUGUGUGUGUGUGUGUGUGUGUGUGUGUGUGUGCGUGUGUGUGUUCAAUGGUUUGAACGCCGAGUGCUGUGAUCAAUUGAGUGAUAUCUAUGUGAAAGAGGGCCCAGGGUUCGACUCUCGACAGAUCCUUCAGCCUUGUAGCACUAGGGAAGGGGUUUGGGGGGGUGAUAGUGACUUAACAUGUUCUAUGUCUGUACAUAUUAUUUUACAUUGAUGUACGAAACCAUGCUGAUCACACCCACUAGCCAUGAGCUCUUCGAUAUGAAAAGUCAAGACUGUGUCCACGGUGAAUCUACGUCAUCGGUUUUCAGAGAUAUAGAUAUUUAUAUUUAUAUAUAUAUAGUUGUUUUUUUUGCAUACAUUUUAAUGAACGUGAGUGAGGGUGCCCGCAAACAGAACGACGGGAGCGUGUUCAGAAGACCAGUCUACCACAUACAUCUUUACAUAACCGGGCGGACCCCAACACAAACACACACAAUCCAGUGGGCGGCCUGUUCUCGUUCAUACGCACACGUCAACAUUAUGUUUGGUAGGAUUGUGUACACUGUUUGCGUGUUUGUUUUUUCACUUGGAGAGAUGGGCAUUGAACUCUAACUGUAGGAGGGGGUUCUUGGGGAUCUGU